UGUUGAUGACCAGAUAUAUGAUGAUGACCAUGACGUUCAACCUAGUUUUAACAUAACACUAAGACCAAAUAUAGUGAAUGGUUCAGAAGAACAAGAUAUCGAAGAGGCUGAGGAUGACACAACUGAAGGGGACAAGUCAGAAGAGGAAGCUUUAGAUAUGGGUCCAGGAGUGAAGAGAAUAACAAUGAAAAAUAUUGACAAGUUUAUUUCAGAACAACCUUUGUUGGUGUACAGAGAUUGCCUGUUGAUGCUGGCCAACACCAAUACAGAGCAGAUUUGUACAAUGUCGGAUUGCAAUAGGCAGGUUGAUUUGAAAACAGAAACUAUUGGAUCUGCAUUUUAUAUCACCUGGGUGUGCAGAGAAGGUCAUAUACUUAACAAGUGGUGCUCACAACCCCUCUUAAACAGAGCAAUGCAUUGUGGGGAUUUGAUGUUGGCUUCUGCAACAGUUUCAUCAGGCAACAAUUUCCAAAAAAUGGAAUUGUUUUGCAAGAUACUUGGCCUUCCUACAUUGAAUUCUUCAACAUUUAAUAAAAUACAAAAAUCCUACAUUGUGCCAUCAAUUGAAGAGUACUGGCGGAAACACCUUGAGGGUAUUUAUACAGAGUUUUGCGGAAAGGAAAUUGUAGUAUUAGGUGACAGUAGGAUGGAUCACUGUACACAUAAUUGUACACAUAUAUGUACAUACACAUUAAUGGAAAUGGAAACAAAGAGGAUAUUGUGUAUAGUGACCAUGGAUCAACCAAUGACUGAAGGCAAAAGUACCAGUUUGGAGAAAAGGUGUUUUGAAAAAGGUUUAAAGAUUUUGACAGAUGCUGGUUUAAAUAUCAUAGAAGUUGUAACCGUUUCACAUCCACAGAUUAGAGUAUUAAUGAAAAAACCACAGUAUGCUCACAUAAAACACUCAUUUGACAUUUGGCAUGGCAUCAAAAACCUUGGAAAGAAAAUGAUAAAGGAUUCUCAAAAAAGAGGGAAGGAAAACAUGCUAUUAUUACAGUGGACAAAAGAGAUUAUGAAUCAUUAUUGGCAUUGUGCAUCUGUUAGUAAAAGUGAAGGUGAAUUUAAGGGUUCUUGGUUUAAAAUUUUACACCAUGUUGUAAAUGAGCACACUUGGAUAUUGUCAUAUGAUGACUCAUUUGACAACAACAAAUGCAACCAUGGGCCCUUGUCUGAAGAAAGGGAAAUAACAUAUAUGGAAAAAGGAUCAGAUGCUCAUACAGCCUUGCGAUACAUUGUUAUGGAUAUGAAGCUGUUAAAAGACAUACCUUACUAUUUGAAUUGCAGGAGCAUCUCAGAUUUGGAUUCCUUCCAAAACCUUAUUUCUGCCUAUACUUCUGAACCCCAUGUCUACAGGCCAGACAUGUAUCGAGUGAGAAAUCAGUUGGCUGCUUUGGACCAUAACAUCCAUGUUGGUAGACCUGCUCUUACUAAAGAUAAUGGAGCUCCAAGAUUGAGGAGAGAAUUCAACCAGAAAUCUUCAAGAUGGUCUGUUCAGGAGAUCAAAGUAAAGAAAAGAUAUCCACAUCUGUCUGCGGUGGUUCACAGUAUUCUAACAGCAAGGUUAAACGAUGAUGUUGGAUGAUUGUUGUUUUGGAUGCUAAUGAUCCUUAAAAAUUAAAAAAGGAAUGUUGAUCUUUUCCUUCAUCUCCAACACAAGAAACGUGGGCUAGAGCAAAAAGCAAGGUCUGAGAGAGGACCCUGAUGAAACUAUUGACUGUACAG